AUGGAACAGCAGCCUACUUCAUUCAGUCCCUCUGUCCAGAUCUCGUUGCCACUUCCAAAAACUGCUGGUGAGAACAACUUCAGGAGAAUCAGCCGCACAGAGGACAGCAUUCCCUAUCCGAUCCCAGGCUUGGCCGCAGACAUCCUGCACAUGCGAGUAAAAGGAGGAAGCAAGAUUCGCAGCUUACUGCAGUUUGCAGCAGCUCGCAUGCAAGGGGAAGUAAGAAACCCAAAUGGGAUGUCACUAAGACAGGUGGUCUUCACUGGCUCAGGCAGAGGAGUCACAAAAACUAUCACCUGUGUGGAGAUUCUGAAACGUAAAGUUGAAGGUCUGCACCAGGUGUCCAAACUCUACUAUAACACAGUGAAGGAGGUUUGGAAGAGUCCACAGCCUGGAGCACCAGGUAUAACCAUGGAGCGGAGAGUUCCUGCCAUCUGCAUCUAUCUAUCUAAAGAUCCUCUGGACCCCCAGGAGCCUGGAUAUCAGCCGCCACAAAUCAUCAGUGUUCCCACAGAGGAGGCUGAGAGGCACAGGGGUCUGCUCAGGACGGCUCAUGCUCACUCGUCCCCACACACAGCCAAGAGACUCUGUCUGGAUGAUUCGAGUGCAUGUCCUCCCUAA